AUGGCUGGAGUGUCGGAAGACGAUACUUUUGGAGUUCACAUAAUUACAAGGAAAUUCCAAAGGGUUGUAGAACUGCGUGGUAUCGAUGGUCUGCGAAUGGAAAUAAAUCAAGACUUAAAACAAUGGCAUGAAACUAAAAUAAAUGUGGCAGUAACCGGAAGUGCAGGUGCGGGAAAAUCUACUUUCAUUAACACCAUACUUGGUCUGGAUGAGGACACUGGAAAAGGGGCGCAGACUGGAGCAAUAGAAACAACAUGGGACAUUUUCGCUUAUACUAAAAGGAACAGAAAUGUAAUAUUUUGGGACUUACCGGGUAUAGGUACACCAAAAUUCCCGAAAGAAAGUUAUGUAGAAAAAGUCAAGCUUAAAGAUUAUGACUUUUUCAUUUUGAUUUCUAAAUGCAGAUUCACCGAAAACGAUGCAUGGUUAGCGGAGGAGAUACAAGCUAUUGGGAAAAGGUAUUACUUCGUUAGAUCGUAUGUCGACCAAGAUAUCUGCAAUGAUCGUAGAGCACAUCCAAAUUCUCACGAUCCGGAGAAACACCUGGAAAUUAUAAGAAAAGAUUGUGAAAUCAAUAUGGAAGGUCACACACAUGACAAGAUUUACUUAAUAGACAGUUUAGGGUGUGAGAAAUACGAUUUUGAUAGUCUUGUUGCAGCACUAACAAGAGAUAUUGAGGGAAUGAAAGCCGAUGUUUUAGUAGCAAGUCUCUCUUCUGUCACGAAAGGCAUACUUGAAAUGAAAUGGCGGAGUCUUUUCAGGCAGAUUCAGACUGUAGCUUUCCAAGCGGGGAUGAUGUGUACAGCAGAAUCGGCCGAGAAAAUAAUAAGGGACGUUCUUAAGCAGGAGAGCAAAUACUACUGCGAAGUUUUUGAUAUUGACGACGACACACUUAGAGCUGAUCAAGAGUUAUUUAGCGUUUCAGACCUAGCAGCUGACUAA